AUGCCACCUCCUGUCGGCAGAUACGGGCCUACUGGCCUGAGCGCUCCCUAUACACACCUGCAACAGGCCCACCUCCAGCAGCAACAGCAACAGCAGCAGCAACAACCCCAACAUCACCCGGUCCACGCCCAGUCGGCUAAUACGGCUCUCCCGCCUCCCUCUCUCGGUGGCCAUCCUGGCUUCGCGGCCGGAAACCCGAACACCAACAUCAACCCGUUCACGCUAUCUGGAACUGGAAUCGCCAGCGGCAUGUCGGUCGGUGGGUUUGGCGCCGACGGCGGCGGCACCGGGCUUGCCAGCCAUGCGGCUCAGAUGGGUUUCGCGAGAGGGGCACAGAUGCAACAACAACAAUUACACCAGGCCCACGAUGGCCGAUUGGCACUCGAGACGAAAGCAGGUGGGGUCAAGACGCGGAUACGUGACGUAUGGAAACACAACCUACCACAGGAAAUGGCGAUAUUAAGACAACUGGUGGAGAAGUACCCUUAUAUCAGCAUGGACACCGAAUUCCCCGGUAUUGUUGCACGCCCUAUCGGUUCAUUUACGAACAAAGCCGACUACCACUACCAAACCCUCCGGUGUAACGUCGAUCUCCUGAAGAUGAUCCAGCUCGGUAUCACCCUGUUCUCGCCAGAAGGCGAGGUUCCGCCGCCUAAUGCGACCGAUGCAAAUGGCCAGCCCAUGGGCAAUGGCCUCGUCCCGGCCCCUUGCACCUGGCAGUUCAACUUCCGCUUCUCGCUGGAAGAUGAUAUGUAUGCUCAGGAGUCGACGGCGAUGCUCGCUAAAGCCGGCAUCGAUUUCACGAUGCAUGAUAAGAACGGCAUCGACCCGCACGAUUUUGGCGCCCUCUUGAUCAGCUCGGGUCUCGUCUUGUUGGAUGACGUACACUGGGUUUCGUUCCACUCCGGCUACGACUUUGGCUACUUGAUGAAGAUCAUGCUUUGCACGUCACUCCCCGAGAAUGAGGAGCAGUUCCACACGCUCCUCAAUAUCUUCUUCCCGUCGCUAUAUGAUAUCAAAUACUUGAUGAAACAUGCUGGCCGCAACCAGGCAGUCAACGACACCCCUCUGACACCCGCAGCUGCUCAGAUUUUGGCCAAUCUGGGUCAAAAAUCAGGCCUUCAAGACAUUGCCGACGAGCUUGGCGUCAAGCGGGUCGGUAUUGCCCACCAGGCAGGUUCAGACUCCCUCGUCACUGGAGAGAUCUACUGGAAGAUGCGACAGCUUGUCUUUAAUGGCACUAUCGAUAAGUCCAAGUACUCCGGUCAGAUUUGGGGUUUGAACGGUCAAAUGCCAGGCCCGUAUCAAAUCCAUCCUCAUCAGACCCCCAACCUCAACGGGGCCACCAUCUAUUCUAGCACGGGUACCCCAAGCACACCCAAUGCUGCUCAAUCGGUCGGCAACCAGACCCCUCAGCACCACGGCUUAGGCACUCUAACUCCUGGAGCUGUCGGCGGAGUACUCGGACAGUUUGCCCUCGGAAAGUCAUGAACUUGGGUCUUACGAAAGCUUUCUUCCGUUUCUCAAAGGGUGUUUAGAUUGGUUCGGCGGAGUCAUUUUACUGCAUCUUUUCUGCUUUUGCUCGACCUUUGUUCCGUUUAUGCUCGAUUUUGUAUAGGCUCCCUGCUUCCUUGAAAUCUCAAGAGCAGGCAGCCGCGAGGAGAACAGGCUUGUCGUAUAGCUGUUCGCAAUGUUUGCUCUCUUCCUUUUGUUUUGUUUCUUUCUUGUUCUUGCAGACCAGCGCUGGGUCUUUUUGUUUUCUAUGUCGGGCCAAGGGAUGAGGAUUCGGUAUGAUGUGACGGAUGUACAUAGCAUGUGGCACCAUUGGGGUGUCUUGUUUUCUCCUUUGCUUUCUUGCAGCAUUUCUUCCUAACUUCUUCACGUUAUCUUCCGUUCUCAGUUCAUCCAUGGGGUUUUCAUCGCCUGAGAUCCUUCACAUUUAUUUUUGGAGGGGGGUGUUCGCGCGAGGUGUACGGUGUUUAUUUAUGGCUGGAAUAUGAUUUUCAAUUCUAUUCAAGAUCUCUUACGCUGCUUGGGGGUUUUUACGUAUUAGAUGCUGCUGUGGAUUCAAAGAAUAUAGACACCUGCCUCAGGCAUCCAAAGUACCACAUCUUCAGUCAUAGCUCCCUGUGCCGGCAGAUUGACAACCACGAUUGUAUUACCCGAAACCUUGACCAACCCCGUCCGGUCCUCCCUCACGGAAUAGUGCAG